UCGCCUUUGUUUUGAUCGCCGGAUUUUUUGAACAACAAACUGCCCUUUGGUCGUUGGAAUGGUAAGCGAGGAAAGUGCAAAACGCUUGCAGAACCGGAAUAGUCGGGGUUGAAACCACGAAAAAGGAACCGCCGUGGCUCAUUAAGGCCUAAGGAAAAUUGUUAGUUCGCAGUUAUGGUACUUAAAUUUCUCUCCAAAGCACUGGGAGUCUGCGGCUACGUGAUCCAGUAUGGCUGUAUUACGCAUUGCACGUUCGAGUAUAUCGGCGAUUUCGUUGUCUGCGUUGGACCAUCGAUGGAACCGACGCUGACCACCAACAACGUGCUCAUCACCGACCGGAUCUCACCGCGCCUUGCGAAGCUGCAGCGAGGGGACAUAAUUAUUACGAAAAGUCCCACAAAUCCGGUGCAGCACGUUUGCAAGCGCAUCAUCGGGAUGCCGGGAGACCGGAUUAUGACCAAGGCAUCCUUCAAUCUGAAUCCCCUCUCCAACACACACACCAUUUACACGACGGUCAUACCAUCUCCGGCCCCGUCAGAGGAGGAUCUGCAGACUUUGCGACCUCCCUCGAACGCGUCCACGGCCAAACAACUCAGCGCAACCGUUGCCAAGUUACGGGAAAAGGUGGACUUUGUCAGCAGCUCCGUCGAUGAAACGCCGACCGCGUCGCACCUGCCAGCGCCGAACACUAGUCACCAGCAGGAGGAACCGGAUGAUUUCGAAGCGACCCUCUCGGCGAUGGGCCACGCGGCCGAACCCAGGACUAGCAUCGUAACGGUACCGCGGGGCCACCUGUGGAUAGAAGGCGAUAAUGUGCAAAACAGUUCCGAUUCCCGCAAUUACGGUCCCGUGCCGAUCGGUCUCGUGAAAAGCCGAGCCAUUUGCCGGUUGUGGCCGUUGAGUGAGUUUAAACUGUUCAUCUGAAAUGGCUUAUGGGAAGGGCGUUGAAUGAUACCGCAUUGUUGGCUACGAGCAGUCCUAUGCACCCAGUUUGUCUAUUUAUUAUAAUUUCCAAAAAAUCGUUGGCCGGAAGAACCGCCGGAGGUAGAUAUCAAUACGAUGCUUUGCUUGCUUUGAUUUCGUGAAGACGACGAAGCACCCCGUUGAAGAAUCAAAGGAGACUGGAUAGAUGUAGGCAACAGUUUGGCCAAGCUGACAAAAAGAGUGAUGAUAAUAAAUGUGUUUUCUUCCUUGUUAAA